GUAUCUUCGAAAAGAUGUCUGAUAAUGAGCGGAGGGUAGCUCGUCGAGUGCGCAUCAGGACGGUACAAUCGUCAAAAUUUGGCUUCGAAUAUCUCGUUAAUUGCGUAACAUUUUGCACCAUUGUCUUCUGGAAUAUAUCAAGCAGAGUUUGGACUAUCAUACUGUGAAUUUUCAUGACGCGCUUUGGACGAAUUCAUGGUUUAAAUUAAGCAAGGCAUUGUUCGUGCGUCUUUGUUCGGACAGAUAUUUUCGAAAAGCCUCGCUAUGUGCUGUAUGUAUGAGAGCACAAGUGAUUUGAGCUAAGCUGUGUGUUCAACGGGACAUAACCGUGUCUUCUCCGCUCCCCGCCUUCAACACUGCAUAGCAUAGCAUGGAGCGUGCGUACAACCGGCUCAGCUCAGCAGCCGAUUGCAGCUAGAACAGGUCCGGUGAAAGGCAAUAGACAUGUGAUUCAUGUGUUUCUUCUGUGCAAUAGCUUCAACUCAUCCUAGUAACCCUAAGCUGACAUGCCAAAGUGAGCUUUCAUGAGACCUUUACUGAUAAAACCUAGGACAAUGCCCGCUCUAAAUUUUGAUGUGAAGACGUUCUGUCACAAUCUUCGGGCAACCAAGCCUCCUUAUGAGUGCCCAGUUAAUGAUUGUGGCAAAGUCUACAAAUCUCUAAAUGGAAUAGAAUUUCACCUGUUUCACUAUGACCAUGACAAUCCUAAUGGUAAUGGCUAUGCAACACCUGUCAAGAAAGGUGGCUGGAGAAAAUCAAGAGUGAAUAACCGGCCAAAUCAGCGUGCUCCAUCACCCCAGUUGAUUCGUUCUCCGGCCAGAGAGGGCCUCACCUAUGCCCAGGCCCAACGCCUUGUGGAGGUUGACCUUGAUGGACAAACAAUGAGGCUUAAUAUUUACGAAAACAUUGAUGUAAUGACAGAAGACGAGUUUGAGAGUGAGACGAGUGAAGAGGAAAAGAUUGAGAAGGCCACAGUAAAUAAAGGAACUAAAGCUGUGGACCAAGGACAGAAGCCUCAGAAAGAGAAGCCAGCCGUUGGUGCUUCACUCAAGUUACCUGAGGCUUCUUUCACAGUUUUGACUGAUUAUGAGGAGCCCCCUGAUAUUCCGAACAGACCAAAUGCUUACUUCAGGUACAUUGAAAAGACAGCUGAGGAGCUGGAUGAUGAUGUUGAGUAUGACAUGGAUGAAGAAGACUAUGUAUGGCUAGAUGUAAUCAAUAAAAAGAGAGAAAGUGCAAACAUGAAUCCAGUUCCACAAGAGAUAUUUGAGUUAUUGAUGGACAGACUGGAGAAAGAGUCACAUUUUCAGAGUCAGUCUUCUGGGAAACCAGACAAUCAUCAGUUCAUUGAUGAAGAUGCAGUUUGCUGCAUAUGCAAUGAUGGAGAAUGCCAAAACAGUAAUGUUAUUUUAUUCUGUGAUAUGUGUAAUCUAGCCGUGCACCAAGAAUGCUAUGGGGUGCCGUACAUUCCAGAGGGGCAAUGGUUGUGCCGUCGCUGCCUCCAAUCGCCCUCCAGAGCAGUUGACUGUGCCCUUUGUCCAAAUAAAGGUGGGGCCUUUAAGCAAACUGAUGAUGGGAGGUGGGCCCAUGUCGUGUGUGCUUUGUGGAUCCCAGAAGUAGGUUUUGCCAACACAGUAUUCCUUGAGCCCAUAGACAGUAUAGCCCAUAUUCCUCCAGCCAGAUGGAAACUGACAUGUUAUAUCUGCAAGCAGCGAGGUGUGGGGGCUUGCAUUCAGUGUCACAAAACAAACUGCUACACAGCUUUCCAUGUCACAUGUGCCCAACAGGCUACCCUGUUCAUGAAAAUGGAACCAAUUCGAGAAACGGGUAUCAAUGGGACGUCCAUUAGCAUCCGAAAGACUGCAUUCUGUGACAUUCACACUCCAGCUGAAGCAGAGAAGAAACCCCUUAUGAAGAAUGACAAGGUGAUUGAGAUAGAUGCUGCUGAGAAGGGCUGGUCAGCAAAGAAGGCCAAGGCAAUAUCCAGGAAAAACAUGAGGAAAGCUCGUAAGAUUCUAGCAGAAAAGAGAGCAGCCGUGCCAGUAGUAUCCAUUCCAUGCAUUCCACAACAAAGGAUAUCCAAGAUACUCAAAAAGGUAUCUCUGCAGAAGAAACAACACUUCAUGCAAAGACUUGUCAGCUAUUGGACACUCAAACGACAGUCUCGGCAUGGGGUGCCUCUACUGAGGCGAUUGCAAGCGCACCACCAAUCACAGCGCAACAAGGAUUCGGUUAGUCGUGAGAGCCAGAAGGCUAACAGACUCAAAGAGCAGCUGAAGUACUGGCAGAGGUUACGGCAUGACUUGGAACGUGCAAGGCUACUGGUGGAACUCAUACGCAAGAGAGAAAAGUUGAAGAGAGAGCAGCUCAAACUGAGCCAGAAGGCAACUGAUAUGCAGCUACAGCCAUUCAACAUCUUGCUCCAGAGAACACUAGCCAAAUUAGAGGAAAAGGAUCCCUUGAACAUCUUUUCAGAACCUGUGUCUGUUGAGGAGGCUCCUGACUAUUAUGAGGUCAUCAAGAAACCUAUGGACUUCUCUACCAUGAGUAAUAAAGUGGAGGGUCACAAGUAUAAAGGGCUUGACCAGAUGGAAGAGGACUUCAACCAAAUGAUAGAGAAUUGUAUGAACUACAAUAGUAAGGAUACAAAGUACUACAGGGCAGCUGUCAAGAUCAGAGAUCUGGGAGGUGCUAUUCUAAGACAUGCAAAGAGACAAUCAGAGAAGGCAGGCUAUGAUCCCGAGACAGGACUACAUCUAGAGAAAGCUCCUAACUAUGAAGAAACACAAAUCAAACUAGGAGACAUUGACUCAGUACUUCAAGCAGAGAAUAGAGCAGACAUGACGUUGGAGGACCAAUUACAUGAACUCCUUGAGAAGCUGGAUGCGACUUGUGGCAUCAAGCAUAGCGCUGCACGCUCCAAACGUUCAAAGCAGCUGAAGCGGGAGAUAAACGUCAUUCGACGGCGACUGGCCAUUCAGAAAGGCAAAGACAAACCACAGAAUGGUGGAGAUGCCAGUUCUCGCAAUGUUGAAUUGACUACUGAGGAUUCAUCAUCAAGUGAAUCAAGUGAAAUCACAUCCCAGAGUGACUCAGCCCCACCAAAGCUUUCACCAGCUAGGCCUCUGCCUAUAACAAGUCGAAGCAGGUCAUCUCCAUCUAGACCCUCUCCGGGGAAAGCCAUGGGCUCUCCAGGUAGAGGGCGUGGAAGAGGGAGGGGCCGUGGCCGUUCUGUCCGAACUAUGUCUGAUCCUCAGCCUGGUGCUUCUGUGGAUUCCAUUCCCACCCUUUCAGCAAAUGAUACAGCAGAAACCCCAAAGACAAAGAGUCCGACACAGGCAGAUAAGACUGCAUCUCCUUCUGGCGUUGGUAGGAGAACAUCAGUACUGUUUAGUAGUAAAGGAGGGAAGCAGGGCAAUCCUAGUCCCAGGAAACCUGGCAGACCUCCAAAGAGGUCAUUAUCAGUAGAUCAAUCGAGUUCACCCAAUAAACCUGCACAUCGGGUCAGCCAGAGUGGAAGCCUUCAUGUAGAAACUGAAUACGAAGGCAACGUCCCAGCCCCCAACAAUGACUCUAGUGCCAGCCCUCCUGCUAAGCGAGCUCGUAGUGUGAGCAUGAGCACAAUUGGACAGCGUAGUCCAAGUAGGAGGAUGACAUCCCCAUCAAAGGACCUUCCAAAUGGUUUUGAGAGUGGAACCCCGAACAAUGAAAGCUUUUCAAAAUACCGUUCAGGCCAUGUACGACCAAGGACCAGUUCUGAAUCAGACAGCAGCAGUUCAUCUACAAGCACUUCCAAUGAAUCCAUAUCGGAGAUGAGCUCAUCAAUGGGGGAGAAUGGAGGACCAGGUGGGCGUAGCCUGCUUCAGGCUAACAGGAAUCCAUUCACUGAUGACAGCAGUGGAGACACUUCUUGUGGAGAGAGUACCAGUACUACCAGCAGACCCAUCCCUACAGGUGCGACUGGGCCUGUGCUCAGGGACAGGAGAGGCAAGCUAAGGAGCCACCACUGGGGUUCUGAUGAAGAGGAGAUCCCACUCAAUCCAUUGGACAUGGUCUGGGCCAAGUGCAGAGGCUAUCCAUCCUAUCCUGCUUUGAUUAUCGACCCCAAGAUGCCACGGUCUGGAACGUUCCACAACGGCGUGCCCAUCCCAGUGCCCACCACGGAGGUGCUCAACCAACGUCUCAACUCGGAUGACAUGCUCUAUCUCGUUCUUUUCUUUGACAACAAACGCACAUGGCAAUGGCUUCCAAGGACCAAACUGGAACCCCUCGGUGUUGAUUCUGGCUUGGACAACGUCAAGCUCAUGGAGGGACGCAAGUCAACUGUCCGCAAGAACGUGCAAAUUGCAUACGAUCGUGCUCUCCAUCACCGACGCAGAGUGACAGGCGAGGGCACUGAACCAUUCACAAGCGAUACAAGCGAGGCCCAUGAUACUGCAUAAGGCUCAAUGUGUUUGUCUUUCUCGUUUUCAUUUUCUCACUCAUUUUCUCUUCAUCUAUUGUGUUCUAAUUGCACUACUUUAUUGUCUGUAUUUCUCAAACAUUAUCUCUCAAUUUCUGACCUCACUUAUACAUUUCUCUAUUUUUCCUCAUUUUCUCUUGUGCACUUCUGUUUAAUGCAUUUUUAAUGUGUGAUGAUAAAAUACAACUGGAAUCAAUUUUGUUGGUGUAUUAUAUAGAGACUCUAAGAGGAAGAAAUUAUAUUAAGUUUUAACAGUACAUGUAUGUAGCACUACUUCAACAUGUUCAUCAUUUUCUUUUCUGUAAUCAUUCUUUGAAGAUUAACAAUAACUUUAGGGACUUACUCAAUGUAACAGGAUGACACUUAUCAGAUAAGUGCAUGUAUCACACUUAAGUGAAGAAAUAUAACAAUGUUUUUAACUUAUCUUAUGUAUACAUUUUGUAUUUGAGGAGCCAAGAUUGGAAUAAGGAUUUUUAUUUUCUUUAUGAUUGACGGUGCAAACCUAUAUCAAAUACUUCCAAGGACAGAGAAUUCAGAUUUCACAUUACUCUUAUUAUGACACCAUUCACUUUUAACCCCUAGGCAUCUAAAUUUUGUCUUGUUAGGGGACUGGUCAACUAAGCUUUGCAGCUUUUUGUGUACAUGGCAUGAAAUUAUAUGUUGGUGAAGCAAGGAAUUUGCUCUGUAAUACAAUAACCUUUGGACUGUUCAAAUUGAAAAAAAAAGAAAAAUAUGCACAAAAUAAUUUUCUGGAGUUGGACAGAAUACUUGAUAUAUUCAUAGCAUGACAGGGCAUUGAAUGUCAUGUCUUAAAUAAUUCAAACUUUUAUUCAAGAGUUGAUAAGAUGACGUAUAAAAAUAAGUUUAGUGUUUUUUCAUAUUGUAACGCAAGAAAUGUGGUUUAAGCUUUAGGGUCUCGUGUGAAAAUUGCUGCAUAAACAUCAUAAACUGUGACAAUGUAUACAAAUCAAGCCUUUGUAACAUGAACAACUCCCUCUAAGAAAUUCCUGAAACACAGAUUAAAGGUCAAGUCCACAGUGAGUCCGCAAGCCCUGAAAAAGAAGCUUCUUUUAGCCAAGUGAUAUUCAUGACUAAAGGGUUUUUGCAUUGUUAAUGAGCUUGAUGCGGACCAAAACACCUUUUUGCUGCUCUAAAUAUUGACCAAAUUUCAUGCUUUUGGUAUCUUUGUAAAGAAGAAGGAUCACUCUUUUAGGUCAUGUGUUUGGAUUUUUAAAAGUAUUUUGUAAUAUAGGGGAAACUCUUGAUCUAAAACAUGAAACAAAAUAAUUUUUUUCAUGCAAAAAAAGUUGUUGUUUUCACACUUAAUUUCUGUUUGAGCACAAAUGAUUUUUAGACUAUGAUAAAGCUGAAGAUCUAAGCUUUAAUAUAUGAUUUUUAUAAGAAGAUGUAUUUUAGAUGGGUCAGGAGCCAGCUUUUCAUAAGCCGUGUACAUU